UAAGUCAUUUCGAUGAAUUGCGUUCUCAGAGAGUGAAUGAUGGCGGAAGUGGAGCAACAACAAGAAGGAGAAGAGGAACAGCCCCAGCUCAAUGCACAAGAGGAACGACGGUUAAAGAUCCAGCGGUGCCUACAGAUCUUGGUACAUGCCAACCGCUGCCCAGAGGUCAACUGCCAGCACUUAAGCUGUGCCAAGAUGAAGCGUGUUCUGGAGCACGCAAAAAGGUGCCAGCGAAAAGCUGGCGGAGGAUGUCGUAUUUGUCAGGAGUUAGUUCAUCUUUGUUGUUAUCAUGCUAGGCGUUGUCUAGCAAGGGAAUGCCUUGUGCCUUUCUGUCGGUACAUUAAAGUGAAGCUCAGACAGCAACAAACACACCGUGGUAGGGCCAGAAAUCAUCGUCAAGUAUUGCAGGCUCCACCUCAGAUGCCAAAUCAGGCAAUGAAACCAAGCAUUGCUGGUUAAAGGCAUCGUGUAUAACAAGUUUCAGCCACUUAUAGACAGUGCUAUAGUUCUGAACUCAAACAUUGCGUUUCUUGUAAAAGUACUUAGAAUAAAUGGAACAACCUUAGCAAGGACUUGUAGCAAAUAACAGACUAACACUAAAGUUUUUUAAUGGAAUUAAUGCAUGGUGUAGAAUAAGUCUGGAUAGAUGAACAAAUACUGUAACUAAUUUUUCUAGUUUUCUCAGCCUUGUAUUAUUUUUAUUUUCUGUCUGUUUAUGGUAUUGUUGCUGAAUUAAUAGCCUUAGGGCCUUUUUUAGGAAUGCUCAAUAAAGUAAAUGACUGUGUGUGUAUA